UGCGCAGCAUGGUGAUGGAGACGGAGCGUCUGGUGGAGUCCCGGCGGCUCCUGGAGGCCCACGCCCGGCUGAUGGAUCUGGAGCGCUGGCAGGACGACAUCUUGUGGCAGCUCUAUGGGGCUACUGGGCCGGCAGGAAGUGCCCUCAGCCCAGAGGAGCAGGAGCUGGUGGGCAGAUACUUCUCUGGAGUCGGGCAGCUGGUGGACGCCCUGGGUAAGGAGCUUUGGGCGGUGGUGAGCAGCGCUCUGGCUCUGGCCCGACAGAACCCAACACCAUUCGUAUCAGCGGUGAGGAUUGUGGAGCGGGAGGAGGCCCUGGACCGAGCUCUACUGGAGGAGAGGGGAGGGGCCAAAGGCCACUCCAGGCCCCUGCCCCCCGGAAGACCCCGCUGCUGGAGAACCAGCUUCUUCCAGGUGCUGGAGGAGGCGGUCUCUGCCAGGUUCCGCAGUGUCUCCUACCUGCACACGCGGGGCCCCGGGCUCGCAGGCCACCUGUCGGCUCUCCAACACGGCAUCAUGGCUGACCUGGCCACAGUGCGCCACCUGCUAGAGCACUGUGUCCCCCCACACUACCAGCUCACAGCAGCCUACCUGAGGGCCAGCCACCACUGCCUACAUGCUCACCUGGCACAGGUUAGCAGCUGGGACCUGGAGAGUGGAGAAAUCUUCGCCGUGCUAAACUGGGUGCUACACACCUACAACAGCCCAGACAUGAUGGGUCAGCCGGAGCUGGAGGCUGAGAUGGAGAAGGUGGAACUGGGACCCCUGAUCUCCAUCGAGGGACUGGAGCAGCUGCAGAACAAAUACGUGCAGAGUGUUCGGAAGAGUGUGUCAGAGUGGAUGCACAAAGCUCUGCAUGUGGAGCUGCAGGACUGGCAGAGAGACCAGGAGCCGGACACAGACCAUGAAGGCUUCUACCUCACCAGCCUGCCCACCAUCAUCACACAGAUGCUGGAGGACAACGCCCGGGUGGCUCUGAUGAUCGGGAAGUCUCUCAGAGAUCAGAUGAUUCAGAUGGGCCUGUAUGAGAUGGAGAACCUCCUCAACAGGUUUCGAGAAGCUCUGGUGGAGUUUGGGAAGGAGCAUCGCAGGGAUCCAAGCAAAGACAAAAACAAGUUCUACCUCCACUACCUGCUGGCCUCCAUCAGCAACUGCAUCAUCCUCAAGAAGUCCACAUUGAGCCUGCAGCAUCAGCAGCAGUCGUCCCGGUCUGCAGGACAGUUCUCUCGGACCCCCCCCAACCCCCUGGCCGCUCUGGACCGGGCGGUGCGGCGGGCCUGUCGCCUGGUGAUGGAUCAGCUGCUGCUGGCUCUGCAGCCCCACCUCCCCGGCCUGAUGACCCGACCCUGGCUGGUCCAGGGAGACCCCACCCUCAAACUCUGCAGCGUCCUGGAGCUUCACCUGGAGCUGUACGGCCAUGUGCGGCCCCCCUGCAGAGAGGUCCCAGCUUUACUCACACUUGUAUUUUAGCUAUAAAGACAAUCAUCACUGGUACCGUAAUUUUCGGACUAUAAGGC